AUGUCUAUCAAGCACUCGUCGAUAAUGCCAUCAUCACCUUUUCACUUUGGUCUACACAGCGCAACGGAGACGAAUAAUAGUUUCAACGGGACGAUAUCAUCGUCCGAAUGGCAAACAGGAACACUUCCCAUUCGAUCAGCAUUAAGCCUUAACACAUCGGAUACACUACGAAAAAGUGUUGGAAGUCUAGAAAAAAUGAAUCAACUUCGACCCGAUGACCGAACCUUAGAAGAAUUAUUUCGACAUACGAUCGCUGCAAUGGAUUUACCACCAGAUAAAAUUAAAAUGUUAAGAGAAUUUUCAUCGGAUAAAAAGUGGGAUAUUAUUCGAGAUAGAGAUCAAGUUAUCGCAAAACAUCCACCACAAUAUUAUAUUGAUGGUUUAAAAACAUAUAUUCGUGGUGCUAAUCUUGUACCAAAAGCGUCGACUUUAAAAAAGAAACAUCCUGCCGAGCCAUCUACUCAAUUACUUUCAAGCUUAGAAAUUUCAUUACGUACAAAUACUAUUGGAUGGGUUCAUGAAUUCCUUAAUUCAUACAAUAAUGGUCUUGGUAUUUUACUUGAUUAUUUAAUAACAUCAUUAGAAGUAAUGCGAUUUGAACCUGCUGUUCAUGAAUUAAAAAAUAAUUCACUCAUAAGAAAUAAACGUUUUUUCUUUUGCGGUUUUCUGAGUGAAGUUGAUAGUGCACAUAGUAUUACUCCCUUAUCAAAUUCAAAUGGCAAUCAUCAUUUGUUUUCAGUAGCAAUGUUAAAUCAUGGAAAUUUAAAUUAUACUGAUGAAAAUUCAACAUUAAAACGUUCCACAUUAGGACGAUUCGAUGCUAAACGUUUACAUAGAAAAAUUAAAAAAUAUCAAAUUGGUGAAGCUACUGAUGAUGUUCGACUAUGUAUUAUGUGCCUUCGAGCGAUUAUGAAUAAUCAAAAUGGCUUUAACUUGGUUAUUCAACAUCCAUCUGCUCUUAAUUAUAUCACACUUAGUUUACAACAUAAAAAUUAUCGAUGCAAAGCAUUGAUAUUGGAAUUACUUGCUGCUGUAUGUUUGGUCGAAUUAGGUCAUGAUGCUGUAUUAGGAGCAUUCGAUAAUUUUCGAAUCGUAUGUCAAGAACGACAUCGAUUUGAAAUACUAAUGAAAUCAUUUACUCAACCAUUAGAAUUCAAUGUUGAUUACAUGAUUGCGUGUAUGCAAUUUAUUAAUAUAAUUGUACAUUCAGUACAAGAUAUGAAUUAUCGUGUAUAUUUACAAGAAGAAUUCAAACUUCUUGGCCUCGAUGAAUGCCUGAAAAAAUAUUUGGAGAUUCAUAGUGAAUGUGAUUUAUUUAUAUUACAAAUCAAUGCGUUUCUUGAUAAUUACUUUGAUGUUGGUCAACUACUUGAAGAUUCAGAAACAAAACAGCAAGCAAUUACAAAAGUAUCGGAAUUAGAAGAACAAUUAGGCGCUGCAAAUGAACGAGUUCAAGAAUUGGAAACUGGAAAUUGUAGUAAAAUGGCGGAAUUACAAAAAGCACUGAGCUUUGCUGAACAACAAAUGGAAAAUGUUAAAAAAGAACGCGAUGAUAUGUCACAUACAUUGAAUACAUUAAAAAGAGGCCAUCAUGCAAUAGGAUCUUCAAAUAGUUCUACAUCAUCAAUAUCAUCAGCUCCUCCUGGUGCGCCUACAAGUAGUGGAUCCAAUAUACCUCCAGCUCCACCAUUACCACCUCCCAACUUUAUUCCACCACCACCACCUCCAGGACCACCUCCACUCAUCAAUGGUAUGCCGCCACCACCAGGUAUGCUAGAUGCACCUCCUGGUUCAAUGACAAUUAAAAAGAAAAUUCAAACAAAAUAUAAAUUACCGAAUCUUAAUUGGACGUCCUUAAAGCCUGGACAAGUUCGUGGUACUGUUUUCUGUGAACUUGACGAUGAAAAAUAUUUCAAAAUAAUUGAUUUUGAAACAUUCGAAGAAUUAUUUAAAACAGGAUCUGGCUUACCAAUUAACCAAGGAAAUGUUAGUCCACAUUUAAAACAGAAAUACAUGAAAAUUCCAGAACGAUUAACAUUACUUGAUGCGCAACGUCAACGAAAUUUAGGUAUUGCUCGACGAAAACUUGAUCUCGAUGUAAAUGUAAUAUCACGAGCAUUAAAUAAUCUUGAUUUAAAAAUUUUAACAUCUGAUACAAUUGAUAUUUUACAACAUUUUAUUCCAACUGAAGUAGAAACAAAAGCAUUUGCAUCAUAUUUAUCCGAUGGGAAAUCAUUAAUGAGCCUGUCGGAUGAUGAUCAAUUUCUUUAUGGACUUUCAAAAAUUGAAAGAUUAUCGCAAAAAUUAAAUGUUGUUUCAUUUAUGGCAAAUUUUAAUGAAACAAAUCAAAAUCUAAUGCCACAACUUAAAGCCAUCAUAGCAGCAUCAGCAUCAUUAAAAAAUAAUUCAAGAUUCAAAAGACUUCUUGAAAUUAUUCUUGCUUUUGGAAAUUAUAUGAACAGUAGUAAACGUGGUCCAGUGUAUGGUUUCAAAUUAGCAAGUUUGGAAAUCUUGACUGAUACACGUACACAUGAUAAACGUCUAACAUUACUUCAUUAUAUUACACAAACGAUUGAAGAACGAUUUCCUGAUGUACUCUAUUUUCAUACAGAUCUCCAAGCUAUUGAAAAAGCUGCACAAGUGUCCCUUGAAAAUGUUCAAACUGAUGUUCAAGAUCUAACACGUGGUUUAGAUAAUGCUAAAAAAGAACUUUCUGUUCGGCAAACUAUGAAGAAUGUUGAAAUACGUUCAUUAGAAGAAUUUAUUAAUUUCGCUCAAGAUAGAAUUGAUCGUUUAGUAAAAGAUGCUAAAUCAGCACAAGAUGUAUUUAAUCAAUGUGUAGAAUAUUUCGGUGAAGCGCCACGUACCCAAACUCCAUCGAAUUUCUUUUCAAUUAUUGUUAAAUUUCAAAGAGCAUUUCAACAAGCGCACAAUGAAAAUGAAGAGCGAAAACGUUUGGCGCGUGAAGCUGCAGCAACUCUUGAUAGACCAAACAAACGGCAAAUAACCAAACGUUCACAGGAAGAACUAUUAAAUGAAUUGAAAGGACGAAAAGAAGCAAUUAAAGAUCAAAAAUUAAUAAAACGUGAAGCAUUGACGGAUGGAACUAUUGAAACCUUAUUGGAUGAUUUGAAGAAAGCGCCCUAUUUACGUGCUGAUGCUGCCCGUCGAAAUCGUCGUAAAACUCAAGAACUUAUGAAACAAAUAAGUCGUGAUGUUCAUGCCGGCGUUACCAAUGGAAUAAACACGAAUAACAAUACGCCAACUGAAGUUCAUUUUUGA